CAUAUAGAAAGAGAAAUAGAGGGAGAAGAUCAGUCCUACAAGCAGAUUGAUCGUUUUUCUUGCCAGUAGGAUAUCCUUGUUAACGAUUUCAUCUUUCAAGAGAAAAAGGAAAAAGGCAAUCCAAGUCGUCGGAGGAAAAAACUCGAGACAAACGAGUGAAGCGAAGUGAAGUGAAAAAGAAAAGAAAAUCAAAACAAAACAAAACCGAAGCGAAGCGAACAGUUGCUUACCCGCUACGAAUCAAACACCCCGACCAGCAAUACAUUCCCUUAUACGCAAGGGAAAACAGACGCAAACAUGGCGGAAUUAUCAGCCACACCUGCUGCCAUUCCUGCUGCUUCAACGAUCCCUGUAGAAGCAGAAGCAGAAACAGAAACACAAGUGCCAAACGGAAAGGAAACGAAAGAUCCAACAAAUGGCACCUGCGAUGCCGAUGCAGAUACAGAAGCAAGUGCAAAUGCAAAUGAAAAUGUCAAUGGGACCACAAUGAACACGAAUGCUCGGCUCCGUCCAGAAUUGAAAGAAAAGAUCCAGAGCUGGAUUCUUAGUUUCUAUCACCUAGAUCCUCGUUACAAGAUUCUUACGUUUUUUAACUUGGUCGCUUCGGAAGGUGCCGACAACCUUACGGACGAUCAGAUCGAAGAACAUUCGUAUGCGAUGAUGACUACGACGAGCACGACCGGCGGUGCCGCAGGUAGUCUAGGGAACAGCGUAACUUCACAGCAACGACAAGCAUCACCCACCGAGGAGCCCACCACGCCUGUGUCCGCCAACCAAUCGUCACCUGCUUCUGGCAAAAUUCCUCCCGCCAACAGCACUUCCAAAGACAAAAACAACGGCAACAACAGAGAUGUAUACAAGGUUAACGCACAUCUGAUGAGCCGGCCCAGCGCACGGAACAUUCGGCCGUCCACUCUCAGCUUGCUGUCGAGAAUCUUCAACGCUACAUCUAUUCUGACCGUCUGGAGACCGUGUUCGAAUGAUGCCAUGCGGAAAAUGAUGGAGGGGGCCGGUGUCGGCAAAGGUCUGGACAUUAAGGGGAAGUCCGCCAAGAAGGGAACACUGUCAGGCUUUGUGCCCUUUAUGCAGAUCUUCGACAACGAUCACAAGAACGAGAUCCAACCCAUCCCGGUCAAGGCAUUGAUGCGUGUCUACUACAAGGACGAGAAACUCCGGGAUCACGUGCUGGGGGUUCUCCAAACCUACCUAGAAGAGGGGCCGCCGCUCAAAAAGAACGGAGGCAAUGUACCUCCUCUGUCUCCCGUGGGAAAAUUGAUGGACGAACCAAUCAUUACCGACGAAGUUGUUGCCUUUCGGCAAGCACGCACCGCGAUGCGUUGUUCCACCAUCGACGAAAUCACCGAAGACGACGAUCUACACAACGAACAAGAACAAGAAGAAGGAACAGGCAAAGAAAAGAAACCUUCUCUUCCAGACCACAAGAAUCCCAAUUCGUCGAAGUACGUUCCCCCUAAGCCCCUCAAGAAACUCAAGAAAUAUACCAAGGUCGGAUUCUAUGGAAUCGAGUGCACCCAGCGUCUCUUUUGGCUCGCAACCGUCCAGGAUGCGGAUAUUUCGAGAUCCGGAACCGGAACUGAAACCGGCCGACCUUCCCUUCCGGGGUUUCAGGACGCCAACCUGAAAACUCUCAAAGUGGCCCACACCCAGCUACCGAAACCAAACCCGAUGCCCGUCGUGUUGCAGUACAAAUCCUACGAAGAAGUAGUCGCAAGCAGUGAUGACGAGGACGAGAAUCAAAACACCAACCAUCCACUGGAUGAUUGCCUAGAUCCCCGAUUUUUGGUCAUGGCCUACGAAGAACAAGGGACGAUAAAACCGGUCGUUUCUGAUUUCGACGGCUUUUUGUUGGGAUGGAGACGGGAAGCUCUGUGGUUCGGAUGCUGUCUUCCUCGGUACCAAGAAAAUCUGAUGAUGUGGUGCGUCGAACGCAUCGAAGAGAUAUUGGACGAUCAAAAGAAGAACCCCACCAAUAGCGAUACAUGGACGCAGCGCUGGUUAGAUGUUCAGAAAAAGGCGGCACAGCAAGGAAAAGUGUUCGAUAUUCCCGAAUACGGCUUUGGGGAUCCAAAGUCGACAUCUAUCAUGGAACACGCGGCUUUGAAACUCAAGUCCACAGGCGCGGUCCGCCACGGAUCGGAAUGUUUCAACUACCACUUCCCCCAAGAAAUCGACGAGACGUUUCUCUUGAUUUCCGAUACCCUUAAACCUGUUCCUUGGAAGUAUGUCAACGUCAAGGAGCUACAAGAUAUUUUGUCCCAGAAGAUCGCAGAAGGCUUCGUGUUUCCGUUGAAUCCGAAAUGGAUUCUUUGCGAUCCUGGGUGGAAAAAGGUGUACGAUGAUCUCAUGCGCAGCGACGCCCUGUAUUCAGAUUUGUCGAAAGACAUAUGGUUCCCACCCUACAGUGGCAUUCGAGAAAGAAUUGAGAAAAUACACAAGCUCCAUCCAAACGGUUUCCAGCGAUGCACCAAUUUUUCCAAAGCCAAAGGAUUGGACAAGAUGAAGUCACACUCGUCGACGGGUCGCCGCCAAUCGGCUUCGAACAUUUUGCGGGACACGCUUGACGAAGGUCUCGGUUCGCAGCUUACUGGAAAUGCAUAUGCUGAUCUGGCACAACUCGAGCUCGACGAUUUCAUUGGCCGGACGAGCGCGAUGCCGGGCCGAGGCAUGGAACUGGACAGCGCAAUGGGCAAAAAUAUUCGCGACGCAAUCAAGGAUCUCUCCAUCGAAGAACUCGACGACGACUACGCGGAACAGCCACGUAGCAGCAAAGGGGUCGGCGGCGUCCCCUUGUCACAACGGUCCAGACAGGAAAAGCGACCGAGCGGUGUUUCGCACACCAGCAGCAUUGCAAGUAGUGUGGGAAGCAGCGGGACGAGCCAAAGCAAUAGUAAAACAGGCCCAAGCAGCUCCAACAACCAAAGCCCUGGGCUUUCCCUCACCUCUAGCAUAAGUAGCGGCAGCGGCACCACCCCAACUACCUUUCGGAAGCUAUUUCGUAAGGUCCGUAGGCGUCCGAACUCCAUGGAAUUUACUAACGAAUCUUCGAACAACGAUCAGCACACAACGUCAUCCGAACCGUACACCCGUUCAAAGACGACAUCGUCUCCAGACCUCCGACUGGGGCAACAAGCCAGAGCAGUUUCGAACCCGAAGGAUUCGAGCAGCGCCAAUCCCAAGAAAAAGACAAGUUCGAAAGAUACCAACAAGCCUCGCCGCCAUUUCAGCAAGUGGUUCAAAUAACAAACCACAUCAACAAGAAACAUCAACAUCUGUCACUCUGAGGACGAAGACCCUAACACAAACUACGUCACAAAACACAUCACAGCACGUCAAGUCACACCACACAAUAAAACGAACGAGCCAAUAGAAGAAAGAAAAUUAGCCAACAAGCAUUUGCAAUCGUGGCGGGUUUCAUAGUGAGGAACGUUCAAACACAACACUAAUGAUUUCACGAUUCUAAUUCUAGCAAAAUACUCGUUAUCACUUAGCUAAUGAGACAAGCGUCAACUAUUUUCCUUCCAUCACCGCUAUAAAUAUGCCUAAAUUUU